GUGGGUGGGUGUAGGUAUUGUCUGGUAUGUAGGCAUGUUUUUAUAUCUUUGUGGGAACUAAAUGCCUCGUAAGGACAAGAAUAUCAAAUAGUUUGACCUCGUGGCGACAUUUGAAUGGUCAGCAAAGCCAAUUGAUUUCCUUUCGAGAUUAAGUUUAUGGUUAGAUUGUAGCUGUAGCAUAGUAUAAAUUAGCUGCAUUGAUGUAAUGAUUAUUUCAAUAGAAGGGAUAGGAAGACAGACGUGUGUGCUGUGUUGGGCUGUGUGUGUGCUGGGCUGUGGUGUGUGUGUGUGUGUGUGUGAGAGAGAGAGAGAGAGAGAGAGAGAGAGAGGGAGAGAGAGAGGGAGAGAGGGAACGGGGGACUCGGACAGCACUGCUCCCGCACAGGUUCGGACUGCUGGAACACUGGGAAGCCGGACUCUGUCCAUACGUUUUUACUUGGAAACGUUUUAUAUGAUACGGUCAGAUUAUAGUUAGUUUCUUCGGUGUGGUAUUUAUUAAUUAACACUGAACAAAGGCGUCUAUCAGUACCAGGACAUUCACUCUUAUCCCGUUUCAGAGCUGUCCGGCGAGCUCGGAUUGUCGGUGGAACCGGCGCCACGGCCAUUACCGGUUUUUUUUGGCGGCGGCGUGCACAAGGAAACCGACGCGUAACUGUCACCCAGCCCGGCAUCUUUUUCAGUGUGGGAUAGAUCCCUGCAGCCCAGUGGAGAUGAGUUUCAGGACCACGGAGAGUUGGCGCUGCGUUAAUGGCACUUGCGCGGAGAAAGUUGAGCCCUUCCCGCCGCCGCUCUCUUCCACCUUCGCACUCAUCCUCCUUGGCGUCGCGAUCGUCGGCAUCGUGGCGCUUUCUCUAACCACGCACCACUGCCAUAAAGGCAAAAUGAAGAGGCGGAAGAUCCAACGAGCUCAGGAGGAAUAUGAGAGGGAUCAGCUCAGCCCUGUCCCGGCUGCAAGGAAAGCGGAUCGCUGCGUGAUCGCGCGUCCUGCCGCCGGAUGCACCGAACCUCCGCCUGGCCGUCAGGACACCGCCGAGUUAUCCACGCAGACCGGAGCCGUGGAGGCCGGAGUCCUCGAGGCUGUAGCUGUAUCACGAUAACAUGGAGAUCCGAACUAUACGGGACUUGUAUAUGUCCUGGAUGCAUUGUGAAACACCCAUGCCGCUUAGUAUUUCUAUAACAUACGUGGGACAUACGUGCAUUUUUUUCCCGUUUUCUUCUCCUCUAUAGAAAAAGGAGCAAAAAAAACAAAACAAAACAAACAACACUCAUUUAGGCUAUGUGAAUAUGUUUUCCCUGCUUUUAAUAUAUUCAAUAGCCAUCUAUAUAUACUGCACUGUGUGUGGACAUUAAAGAUGUACAGAAGAACAUCAGGCCAGCUGUGGAUGAAGCUCCUCAACCUUGAGCUUGCAGUUUUACCUAUCGCUGCUCUCCAAGGUGCUGAUCCUAUGAUACUCCACGCUGAUUUGCCUCCUGCUCUAGAGCGUUUCUGAUGAACAAAUAAAGUUUUUUAUGUAAUACGUAUUAAAAAAAAAAUUUUAAAUAUACUGAAGGGCUUUAAGGUCUGUACUGUAUGAAAAAGCAUUACUGUUUUUGCCUGAACUUGCAUAACGAGAGAGAAAUGUGAGAAAGCUCCUGACGACUGAUGGUUAAAAGAAUGUGAAUUGUUCUUAUUCAUGUGUUUACUUAUCAAUUUGCCAUAUGUCAUUUUAGACGUCAGCUUAGUCAGAUAGCAAUUAUACCAAACAUAUAUAAUAAGAAAUCAUUUGUACAUGAAGCGUUUACUAAAGUAUAACCUACCUUUGCAGAACACUUAACUGGUUGAGAGAAGGAAAAAAAAGGAUAAUCAAGUCUAGUGUUGAAGGAAAUAAUAUAAACUUUUACUGUUGUUUUUCUAUUUUGUUUUUUUGAAUAUUUUAUAGUGUAUUAAUGGAAGCUAGCUAUUGU